GUUUCGCGCCCCAUCCAAACAAAAAGCGUCGAGUGUGCGCGCCAGCAAGCAAGCUUCACCGCGGCAAAGCAGGGCAGCUUCGUCGCGAGCCACCGAAGCGAUCAGAGGGCAGCCCGCGCCGCAGCAAAGACAACAAACAUGAGGGUCUCCCAGUCGGCCCGCGCGCGCCAGUCUUUUAUGAGAGAAGCCAUGAGGGACUACCCCGUGCCGGCGCGCGAGGAACUUCAUAAGUUGUGGGAGCGCUUCGACUACAACGGUAAUGGUCUCCUGUCGCUCGCCGAGAUCGACAAAUUAGUAAGAGAGGAAUACCCGCAGUACGACGACAAGCAGGCCCUGCUACGAGCUUAUAAAUUUGCGGACCAGGACGGGUCCGGCUUCAUCACGAAGAACGAGUUCGCCACGUUAGUAAGGUCUCUGGCCUAUUUCAAGGCCCUCGCGGAGGAGUUCCGCGAAGUGGAUGCUUCUGGCGAUCGCCGCAUCGACUUCGACGAGUUCCUGGCCGGGGCGCCGCGCAUGGGCCUGAAUCUGGGCGAGGCGGAGGCGCGGGCCAUCUUCGACAAAAUGGACACGGAUCAUGGAGGACUUGUAUUAUUCGAGGAGUUUUGUGCUUUCAUGGGCCGGCUCAAGGCCGAGCAUAGGGAUCGGGCCGAAUUGCGGAGCGCCGUGGUGGCGCCGCAGCCCGAGUCUUCUUCGAGCGAUGAUGACGAUGUCGACGCUUACUUAGCAAGAAGAAGGGCGGAGCUGGGUCUAUCUGCACCUGACGAUGAUGCCGCUGAGGCCGUCUUGAAGCGCGUCGAAGCGCGGCUGUCGCAUUCGCUCGACUCGAUCCACGAGGGGCCCUUAUCUCGAGCCGAAGCCGCUUUGCUGUUCCGGGACGCGGCGGGCGCGCUAGACACCGCGGGAGCCCAGGAUAUUGAGAGAUGCCUCAUCGGUGCGUUACCGGAGCCGAUCUACGGCCCGCCCGAAGCCAUUGUGGAGCGAGCUAGAACCGUCGCCGAUCUGCAGCCCGGGCUCGACGCGGCGCAGUUCGCGGCGUUACUGCGCGGCCUGGAGACGUGGGAAUCGGUACGACGCGAGUUCGCCGAGGAUAACGACGACGACCACGAUGUCAGUGUCGAGGAGUUUUUGUUGGGGGCUUCCAGUGUCCCGCUGGAGAUGUCCGACGACGAUGCCCGAUUGCUCUUCGAGCGCAUCGGAAGCACGGAUUCUUCGAGGGCGCCUUUGUCGCGAUUGUGCGCUGCUUUAGCGCGGCGGGCCGCGCGCUUGGAUGCGUCCGAGACGAGACCGACCACGGCCGCCGCGGUCGGCGAGUCCGGCGUCUCCAAAAGGUUGUCGCGGUCGCCGCCGCCGCCGUCGCCCUCCUUAGAUGGACGGCCGCUGGCCCCGACGGCGAUCGAGGGGCGCAGCCCCCACAGCACGCGGUCGCCGGCGCCGCCGGCUGUGGUGGAAGAGGAGCACGACGAUUUCUUAGAUCAAUUAUCGUUAGAGGGCCACCUCGAGUCCCUGGGUGACGAUAAUAAGGAGGAGCUCCUGCCGCGGUCGUCGCCGCGGCGCCUCGCGCGCGAGGUCGUGCCUCCCCUGACGGCGGACGUCGUCGAGCCGCCCCUGCCGCCGCCGCCGCCCGUGCAACAACAGCACCGGUCGCCGCCCCGAAACCGGCCGCCCCUGUCCAUGUGCUAUCAUGGGGUCGAGGUCUCGGUGCCCAUGUGCGAGGAGGCGCGCCUCGACGUCAAGCCUGAUGGUUCAUUGCGGUUACGCUUGACGGACUUCUCGGGCGACAUCACGCUCACGAAGCUGAGCGGCGCGGCGCUGACGCAGUCCAUGGCCGUCGGCGACUCCGUCGCGGCGCACGAGGCGUGGCGGCGCAAGCAGCGCCGCGAGACGCCGCGCGUGCCUCCUACGCAACCGGAGACGCGCGAGGAGCGCUGGAGCCCCCUGCAGUCGCCGCCGCGGUCGACUUUUGCACAGCAGGAGCGCGUGCGCGCGCCGCCGUCGCGCGCCGCGGACCCGCUCAACUCGCCGUCGAUCUGGAACGCGUCGCCGCCGCCGUCGACGGCGCGCGCGCCGCCCGCGCCGCCGCCCCUCGAGGAGGGGAGUUUUGGCAUUUCCGGCCGGGCCAUGGCCGUCGGCCGGGAGCCGGCCGCCGGCUCGCUCAAGGCGCGCACGUACAGCAACAGCCGCCCGACGACGGCGCGCCCGCGCACGGCGCGGCCGAAGACGUCCGACCUCCCACUGCCGCCGGGCUGGGAGCGGCGCUUCGACCCGCGCAAGCAACGGACGUACUUCAUCGACCACAACACGCGGACGACGUCGUGGCGCCAUCCCCUUCGCGGGUAGUGCUUUCCUCCCCUUCCCUGAUAAACUGCCUGGUUUAGCUCACAUCGGCAC